CCGAGGCGCGCGAGCGUGAUGUAGCGUAGAGUGAAAUGAGAGAGGUGGGGGACAGAGAGGAAGUCCGAGAACUUGGUGCGUUCUCCCCAAGGUGGAUUUCGCUCACGGUCGACGAUUUACCUUGAAACGAUGAAAAAAAAAAAAAUAAAAUAAUCAUCUCCUCCGCUCCCUCGGAGGGGAUCCCUUUCAUAACGGAUCACACUAUCAAAUACAACGGGAAUGUGUAUAAGUUAAAUGACGGAAUUUGGAUAAAUGAACGUGGCGUGGAGAGAACUCGCAUACACGUGCCGUUCACUUAUUCCGGAUAAAAUUUUCAGAAUUAGCGGGAAUAAACAUGUCGCGAGAGACGAGUGGAUAUAUAUUCUCUCGCACGAUCUACAAUAUUAUGGAAACAUAUGAUUAUACUUAAAACGAGGGCUGUCAUUACAAACGUCGCGACUUAAGGCCGUAAUUAACGGCUAUAGAGUAACGUAAAUUCUUGAAAUGUAAGUAAGUCACCGGUGAAAAUCAACCGGUAGCUUCCUUCUCUAUAAAAUAAUUGUGAGAUUCAUAUUACCGCGUUCCACUAUUUUUUACAAAAUAUUAUUACAAAAUAAAAUUACGUUUAAUAUUUCAAAAUAUAGCAAAUAUAUAUAUAUUCCAAAUUCGAUGAAAACUUUAUUUUGUUACAAUAUUAUAUGUCACACUGUAUCCAGCAUUCAGAAUAUUUUUGCACUGAGACUUUGUGAAUGUCGUUAGAAUUAUGCAAUACACACUUAAAUGCAAAUGUAUUUCGUUUCCUGGGAACGCGACAAUAUGUUGGAAUUCACCGGAAAUAUAACAUCCCUCAAAUGCAUCAAACGACUACAGCCCUUAUAAUUAUAUCUUAGAUAUCUUACCCAGCGGUGAAGUAUCGACAGCCGUAUCAGUCAUUAAUGAAUCAUUAAUUUUAAGUCAUGUAGGGACAACGAAACUUGACAAAGACGUUUAACCGUAGUGCCUUACGAACCUUGGUCGCGUAUGCAUUAUUAUAUAUUAGUCAUUUUUAUAGAUAUGUACGAUUGUUGUUGAAGCUAUGUAAUCCGAUUUCUUUUGGUUAUAAAUAUUAAUCACAAAGUGCUUGCAAUUGUGGUGUUGAAAUUGAGGCUUGAAAUUUUAUUGUACAAAAAUAUAUGCAAAACAUAGGUUUGUGAAAAUACUUUUAAAAAAGUAUAUAAAGGUCUAAAAAAAUUUGAUGAAAAUAUAAUUACUUAUUCUUUAAUUAUAUAUCUUAAAAAGAUUUUUCAGCAAAUAAAGCAAAUCUAUCGCUUUUAGUAUUGUAGACAAAAAUGCAGAUACUCUCUUUCAAUUUUUUUUUAUACACCAUUAGUGGUAUGUGGCGACCAAUCGAAUGGUCUUCGAAAUGUUCCAAGAUACUAUAUAGUUUGCUUACUUGCCUCACGAUAUAUCUGUUGACAACUCUAACGCUGACUCAAUUGCUGGAUAUAAUCCUUGUUAUCGAUAACGUGGACGAUUUUGCCACAAAUUCCUUAAUGCUGCUUUCGGCUGUCAGUGUAUUGUUCAAAGUAACUGCUGUUGUAACACAUCGCGAUGAAAUAAUCAAUUUGAUCGAAACACUACAGAAGAAACCUUGCAAAGCUUACAAUGAAAAGGAGAGCGACAUCCAGAUGAAGUUCGAUCGUUUGAUCAGAUCAUAUUCCAUAAGUUACACAUCUCUGGCAUCGUUUUCUGUCACUGGAACCAUAAUAGGAGGGUUGCUCAAUAUUUUAGAGGGUCAAUUACCCUAUAGAAUGUGGGUACCGUACGAUUGCACCUUGCCCAUUUUAUUCUGGUUUACAUCAAUUCAAGAGCUCGUGGCUAUAAUUUUUGGCACGAUUGUAAACGUCGCGACGGAGACCACGGUAUUGGGAUUUUGCUUACAAAUAUGCGCACAAAUUGAGAUUUUGAAACAUCGUCUGGAGAAAAUGACGAAACCCAGCGAGGAGAAAUCUUCCAGAAUUUCGUUGAAUGAUGCGUCAAAUAAAACAGGCAGAUUGUCGGAGCAUAUUUUACAUCACCUGUGUAUAAUCAGGCUUGCCAAAAUUAUCAACAAGAUAUUCAGCCAAGUGAUCUUUGUCCAAUUUUUCGCCAGCAUAUUGGUGUUGUGCUCAAGUCUGUACCAUUUAUCUUCUCACAUGACAAUUUCAGACGUCGCCACCUUGAUUAUCUACGCACUUUGCAUGUUUGUCCAGAUUUUUGUUUAUUGUUGGGCUGGAAACGAAGUUAUACUUAAGAGUUCUGGAUUGAGCGAAGCUGUGUAUCAAAUGGAUUGGAUAUUGAUGCCAGUUAGCGAACGAAAGGAUCUAUUGAUGAUUAUGAAGCGUAGCGCACGAUCCAUCAAGUUUACCAGUAGCUUUUUGGUGACGUUGUCUCUGGAGUCUUAUGGCAAUCUUCUGAAAGCGUCUUACUCUGCAUUUAAUCUGUUGCAACAAUCUUAAGAUUUAAUUUAUUCUUUCGCAAUAUAUCAUGUACGCAAUAACUUAUAAAUAAAUUACUCAUCUUAGAAUGUCAAAUUUCGAUAUAUCUUUUUUUAUAGCUGUUAUAGCAGUUUUUAUUUUUUGAACAAAUUAUCUAGAAUUCACAUAACACAGAUUGAUAAGUACAAAGUAAAUUAAAUUAAAUGUUUUUUGCAAAUAUUCGCAAAACAUCUAAUUUGAAUGCAAUACAAAUAUUUUCUUAUGCAUAUUUUUUAGGAAAGGCAUAUAAAAAUAUUUAAAUUUGGAAGAUAUCUUAAUUCAAUCAAUAAUCCAGAAUAUUUUGUGAUUUGAUUUGUGAAUUUUUACAAUAUAUAAAAUAAUUUUUAAAAUUAUUAACAAAAAUAACUAGUGAGAUAUAAUAAUCACUA